UCCUGCCACUCUCCCCGCGCGCGCUUCACUGUGCCGCGGCGCCCCUGGGUUUGGGGUUUUGCAAUUGAGAGCCGUUUUUUUCCCCCCGUCUCUUUCUCGCCUUCUUCGUUUAGAGGCUCCACCCCGCCCAGGAUCAGGCGAGGGGAGUGAGCCCGGCUCCAGCUGCCAACUCGCGGAGCGCGUCUCCGAGCUCCCGGAGCGGAGUCCCGCGUCCCGCCUCCUGACCGCGGGCGCGCCCUCUGCGCUCCCCCAGGCCCAGAGUCCAGCCCCCGCCCCACCCUUCCCCACUUUUCCCCGCUUUGCAAUCACAUGGCAUUUUAAGAAUGCCGGAAAGAUGGCGGUAGCGGCGGCGGCGGCGGCGGCGGUGACGACCGGGCCGGCGGGCGCGGGAAGCGGCCGGGCGCAGCGGAGCGGACUGCUGGAAGUUUUGGUGCGGGAUCGCUGGCACAAAGUUCUGGUGAACUUGAGUGAGGACGCCCUGGUUCUGAGCUGCGAGGAGGGCGCGGCGGCAUACAACGGCCCCGGGACCGCCACCAAUGGCUCGUUCUGCAGGGGCGCCGGGCCCCCGGGCGCGGGCGGCGCGCAACCCCCGGACUCGCCAGCGGGGGUCCGCACUGCCUUCACCGACCUGCCCGAGCAGGUGCCCGAGGCUAUAUCGAACCAGAAGCGCGGCGUGAAGGUGCUGAAGCAGGAGUUGGGCGGACUGGGCAUCAGCAUCAAGGGGGGCAAGGAGAAUAAGAUGCCCAUCCUCAUCAGCAAGAUCUUCAAGGGGCUGGCGGCGGACCAGACCCAAGCUCUGUACGUGGGCGACGCCAUCCUGUCGGUAAACGGAGCUGACCUGCGGGACGCCACCCACGACGAGGCGGUGCAGGCGCUGAAGCGCGCGGGCAAAGAGGUGUUGCUGGAAGUGAAAUACAUGCGAGAAGCCACGCCAUAUGUGAAGAAAGGCUCCCCAGUGUCCGAGAUUGGGUGGGAAACUCCUCCACCAGAAUCGCCUCGGCUGGGGGGCAGCUCAUCAGACCCUCUGUCGCCACAGUCCUUCUCCUUCCAUAGAGACCGGAAAAGCAUCCCCCUCAAGAUGUGCUACAUCACACGGAGUAUGGCCUUGGCUGACCCUGAGAACAGGCAGCUUGAAAUCCACUCUGCAGAUGCUAAGCAUACGGUGAUCCUAAGAAGCAAGGACUCAGCCACUGCCCAGGCCUGGUUCAGUGCCAUCCAUUCCAACGUCAGCGACCUGCUGACCCGAGUGAUUGCUGAGGUCAGAGAGCAACUGGGGAAAACAGGCAUUGCUGGGAGCCGAGAGAUCAGGCAUCUUGGCUGGCUUGCAGAAAAAGUGCCAGGGGAGAAUGAGAAGCAGUGGAAGCCAGCCCUCCUUGUACUGACGGAGAAGGACCUUUUAAUCUAUGACAGCAUGCCCCGGAGGAAGGAGGCCUGGUUCAGCCCAGUUCACACAUACCCUCUUCUUGCCACCAGGCUGGUCCAUUCAGGCCCUGGGAAGGGAUCGCCCCAGGCUGGUGUGGAUCUGUCCUUUGCAACCCGAACCGGUACCAGGCAAGGGAUUGAAACACAUCUCUUCAGGGCAGAGAUCAGCAGGGACCUGUCCCAUUGGACAAGGAGCAUAGUCCAGGGUUGCCACCACGCGGCUGAACUCAUUACUGAAGUCAGCACCGCUUGCACCUAUAAAAACCAGGAGUGCCGUUUGACCAUCCAUUAUGAGAAUGGAUUUUCUAUUACUACUGAACCACAGGAGGGUGCCUUUCCCAAAACCAUCCUACAGUCUCCUUAUGAAAAGCUCAAGAUGUCUUCAGAUGAUGGGAUCAGGAUGUUGUAUUUAGAUUUUGGAGGCAAAGAUGGAGAGAUUCACCCUUAUCUAUUCCCAAAUUAUAUCAUCGCCCUUAACAGAAGCUCAGUGCCCCCUAAGCAUUGUAAGCAACUGGACCUUCAUUCCUGCCCCAAACCGAUUGUGUUCAUCAUUCAUUCCUUCCUGUCAGCUAAGAUUACAAGAUUGGGCUUGGUGGCUUGAACAGAGGCGACUUGACUUUGAGGAAAGGAGGCUGGGAUGCCACCAGCAAGUGCGCCAUUUGUAGUGAGCAGAGCACCCGAUGAAGCAUGCUGCGGUCAGCUUUAGGUCUCAGGAGUUGUGUCUAAGUGUCCCAGAAACCUCUGUCUUGUCCAUUUCAGCAACUACAAAGGGUAUCCUAAGGAACCACGAUAAGGAACAUCAGACUAAAACUGUCUUUUUAGAAUAAUAAAUGGUUAAAGGGAUGAGGGCGAUUGGAAAUAACACAGCAUAGCUUUUAAAUGACAACCAACGACAUGACCGUUAGAACAGCAUGCCCAGAUCUUAAUCAUACCAGCUUCUAGACAACUGGUUCACCCAGGUAAGUAAGGAAUGAAUAGAUGAGAAAGGGACAUUUCACCUCUCCCCUCCCAGUAACAAUGAUGUCUUGUUUUAUUGUGAUUUCUUUCCUACUUCUAACUCAGCAUUUCCCUGGUAGGGAAUGAUGAGCACUUCAAAUGGAAACCCACCUUUCAUUUAACUAUGAAGCAGCUUCUCUUCUUCUUUUUUUUUUUUUUAGUGGAUUAUCUUUCAGAGAUGUAGAAUGAUUCGGAAGUGUUCUUAUUAGCAUAUGCCAAGCAGGAAUUAAAUAAAGCAUCAGACGCUAAUCUGAGUGGUAAACUGGUGGAAUCUGAGCCAAAGUAGACUGCUUAAAUUGCAAAGCUCUGCUGCAGAGUUGUGUGCAUGGAAGAUGAUUAAUUCUGGGACUACACUCACACCAAGGUCUGCUGUCUUAUAGCCAAGAUUGAUAGCUUUAUUUAUAGAAAGCAAAUUAUGGGUAUUUUUUAAAAAGAUUGUCAUCUGAUAUCUAUAUAUAAAUACAUAAAACAGCUCCCGUGGUUGGGGUUAACUAAUUAUCCCCAACUCGUGGCUUUCAGUGGAAGUACGGAGCAGUCAAUCUGUUUGCUCAAUCAACCCUUUUUUCUGCCUGUGCUUGAAUGCAUGCAUUUUCAAACAAGUGGUAGUGCAGCCUGAUUUCAUUGUGGGUGAUGCUGGCUUUUACAGAUACACCCAGCACUAUAAACAAAUCUGUUGAGAGCGUCUGCAGUUCUUUUGGAAUUCCAGGGAACUACUAUAAUGACCUGAUAUUUUUCUACAAGAAUAUUUUCAGACAGCACAUAGCGCAUUAUUGAUUUAAUACUUUUGUUUUUGUCUUUCGAAACACAUUCACUCAAAAUAACCCCGUUAUUUGAUUUUGGAAUCACUUUUCUCAAACCUUUGAAAAUUAGCUCUCGAAUUCCCGUAAACGUAUGUAUCACUUCAUUCCCCUGUCAUUGAGAUAGACACAUGUUUUGGGGUAGACCUGUGUGUUUUUUUCAGAAUCAUAUUUUAGCAAAAACCUAUGCAAAGAGGUUUGAAAAGUGAAAUUGUUUGAAAAGAAUGUGAUUUUUGCUCACUCAAACGUAUGUGUUUAUUGAGUUGGAGAGUUUUAUUUUAGAUCAGUGUUUCUCCCAAGUGUGUAUCAUGUAACGCUAGUUCCAAGGGCCACUGACGGAGUGGUGCUUCGCGGGGAAAGGGAAUAAGGUGUUUGGUAAUCAGAAACAUUUGUUAAAUGCUCCAAUAAAACAUGUUGAACAGAUUCCAUCAUUGCAGGCCCCCUCAAAGACUUUAAUCUACAUUGUGAUUCUUCAACGGGGGGAUCUGGUGUGCCAUUCCCCGCACUUAGCUGCACAACUCCUUUCAAGUGGAGCAUCUUGAGAACCUAGUGUUUUCUUACCAAAAAAAAGAAAACCAACUUUGAGAAAUGCAGGUUUAGGACAUGGAUUUUUUUGUUUCUUAUUUUAAAAUGCUAGAGAAUGAAGUCCCAGCCCGAAUACUGUAGGAAAGCUUUGCUGCAUUUGUAAGUUAGACUGCACUCUUUCCUUAUAUAUUUUCAAAAUCACUGGAAUGUUGUCAUACAAGAUUAUUAUACUUGUAUAUUGUAAAUAGCAUAUUAAAAUACAUAUAUUAAUGCCAAUAGUUUAAUUCAAAAAUAUGUAAUCUAAGGUGCUCAGUACUACAUGAAGUAUGAGUUCAUUACUCAUAAUUAAGUUGCAAAGAUCCUAUUAUAUUUAUAGACAAAUUAAAGUCAUCACAGUUGCAAAUAUUAUUUCUUCAUCACUUAACCAGUUUUGGACUGAUUAAUAUCUGGGUGGGGGUCAACAGAAACUACAUUCUCAGCAUUUAUAAAUUUAAUUUAAAAUAUUUAUAUUUUAGAAAAAAUAUAUUUGAAUAAAAUGAAUGCAUUUUUCUGAAGUAAACUAAAAUGUGUUAUUAGCAAGAAAUAGAAAAUUUUACCAAGAGAAUUGUGUAUACGCAUCAUUUUUUUUUUUCUUCCACAUAAAAGUGUCUCCUAACAGUGGCUAUGAUGAAUCAAUUUCUAGUACUCUUUUUUUUUUUUCAAUCUGAAGUCAACAAGUUACAGUUACUUUACACUGUCGAUUUUAAUCUUUAUGUGUGUUAGUGUGAAUGACACAAACUCCUAAGUUUGGACCACGCCUGAGUACAUUUAGUGAAUCAACUGGGUCAUUAGGGUAAUUUGUUUUUGUCCAAUUCGCUCUGUGCCCAAUCACCUCUGUACCCAAUCUGUUUCCUAUUUGAAUUGAUGACUUAUUAAAUUCACACUGUUUAUCUUUAAAUGGAAACCAAUACAAAUGAAUGAUGUUUUAAUCUACCUUUUGUGGAAAGCUGCUCAUUUGUCAGUAGAUGUGAUUAGAUGCGCUCUUGGGUGUGAUGAAGUCUCUUUAAACCAUCUCAUAGGGAUUUAAAGAGGCCAAAAGGAACACAGGUAUCAACUUUUCUGACUUGAACUAAGUGGGAGAAACAAAACGAUAAGUGAAGCCGUUGAACACUAUCUGGGAAGAAGCAUUUAAUUAAGAUGGCAGUGGGUAGGGGAUCAAUUGAUGAAAUUAAGAUGCCGCAAGCAUGUCCUUUCAUCUGAAAAACUGUUGACCUUCCUUGGUUGAAAGUCAGAAAGAAUGGUCUUAACUGCCAGAGGAUUCUCCUAAAAUAAUGGGCAGGGCCUUUCUGGCCCUUGUUUUACAAAGAUUGGAUAUUCCACCUUGAAAGGACUGGAGUGGGAUGGAAUGAGUAAUUUUUUAAUGUACCCUGAUUUUUCAAAAAUGUGCCUAUAGCUAUCAUGUAAAAUUUAUAUAUGAAUUAAAUAAAUAUUCACCUCUGAGUUCUAGUGGAGUUUAUAUUACAUUACAGAAACAUCAUAGAUUGGUUGGUGGCUUCAUGAUAUUUAGAGGGCUACGGGGGUAUGGAAACAUCCUGCUAUUCUCUUCCUUAUUAGAACUAGACUUAAAAAAAAAAAAAGAAAAAAACUUGCCCUUGAGUCAGCAUUAAGUCCUGGCAACCCCACAUGAGUCAGAGUAGAACUGUGCUCCAUAGGGUGUACAGUGCCUGAUUUUUUGGAAGUAGAUUGCCAGGCCUUUCUUCUGUACACCUCUCGGUGGACUUG